UCACCAAGAAAGAAAAGAGCAAACCAAAAAAAAAGGUUGAGAUGAGAAAGUAGGUCUCUCUCUUUUAGUCAUGCGUACGUCAUUUUGGAACCCUGGCAUAACAGCAGAAAAUUUUUUUUGAAUACAAAAUUGAGUAGUGAUAAGCCAAUCUUUUUCCUCUUUUUCUUGUGAUUCUUCAUUUAAUAGAGCAGCCAAUACACGUCUUUGAUUCGUGUCUUCUUUAUUUAUUCAGUUGCGCGUGCGGCACAUAUUUAAUUGGUUCAAAAUAUGACAGAUUCAUCAUCACAGCCACAUCCUAUGCUUCAUCAUGAAGUCUAUGCUACACCUUAUCAACCAUCCGCUAUCGACAUACAACAACCACAAUCACAACAGCAGCAACAGCAACCAACAAUGGAUACAAGGCAUCAGGCAUUAUAUCAACAACCAGCUUACUCGAUGGUAAAAAAUAAAUAAAUUAUAAUAUGCAUUGAUCUAUGUAUGCAUAUGCUAACGUCCUUCUUAAUUAGUCGGCUGCAGUUCAUUCUCCUCCAAUCACCUAUAGCCGAUCUAUCGAUCAGCCCUCACAUUCUCCUCCUCCUCCUUCUCAGCAACAAGAGCAGCCGAUGGAAGAACCUUUGUAUGUCAAUGCAAAACAAUAUCAUCGGAUUUUAAAACGAAGAGCAGCUCGUGCUAAGCUGGAAGAACAAAACAGGCUGACACGAGCAAGGAAGCCCUAUCUUCAUGAAAGUCGUCAUAAACAUGCCAUGCGCAGACCCAGGGGUCCUGGGGGACGAUUCCUAAGUAAGUUGUUUAAGGGAGCAAACACACAAAAAGGGCCUUCAUUUAAUAUUUUAUUUUAUUCUUUUUAUAGCCGCAAAAGAAG